AUGUGCAGUCCUGGGACUCUGUGGGAGGCCUGCAUGCUCCCGACCAAGAAGACAGGCAGGGUCGCCUGCGAGAAGAUCCGCCUUCCCGAGCAGGCGAGGCAAAGGCCUGAGUUCCCGGGUCGGAGGUGCAGGGUCACCGGCACUGCGGGGCGCGGCGGGGACCCACACAGUAGCCGCGCAGAGGACAGACCGCGGCGCCCCGGCCGGAAGCCCCUCGGCCUGGUCGGGCCGCCCCGCCCCGGGAACGGGAGGCGCCGGGAUGGGCUGGAGGCGGGGUCUCCGCCGAGCUUCCUGGCUCCCCCUCCCCGCGGCCGCGGCCACGUCACCGCCCGCCCAGAGCGCACCGGGAUCUCUGGGAAGAGCCAGAUCCUUUUCGCUCUCGUCUUCACCACCAGGUACCUGGACCUCUUCACCAACUUCAUCUCCAUUUACAACACAGUAAUGAAGGUGGUUUUUCUCCUCUGUGCCUAUGUCACAGUGUACAUGAUCUAUGGGAAAUUCCGGAAAACAUUUGACAUUGAGAAUGACACAUUCCGUCUGGAGUUCCUGCUGGUCCCAGUGAUUGGCCUCUCCUUCCUUGAGAACUAUAGUUUCACUCCCCUGGAGAUUCUCUGGACCUUCUCCAUCUACCUGGAGUCUGUGGCCAUCCUGCCACAGCUCUUCAUGAUCAGCAAGACUGGAGAGGCGGAAACCAUCACCACUCACUACCUGUUCUUCCUGGGGCUGUACCGGGCCCUCUACCUGGCUAACUGGAUCAGGCGCUACCAGACGGAGAAUUUCUAUGACCAGAUCGCCGUGGUGUCUGGAGUAGUACAGACCAUCUUCUACUGUGAUUUUUUCUACCUAUAUGUGACCAAAGUCCUUAAAGGAAAGAAGUUAAGUCUUCCAAUGCCAAUUUGA